AUGUCUACGCAAAAUGAAAGCAAUAAUUCAUCACUUUCGAGUUUACAUGUCAUAAAGUCUGAUGAGACUGAGUUACCAUCUAUUCAUCAUGAUGAAAUUGAAAUGUCAUCUAUUAAUGGUAGUAAAACUGAACAAUCAACUCCAAAUGAUAUUGAUGAAAAACCUAUAACAACUGCUAGUCAUUCACGUCGUGUUCAUUUUCCAACAGAUGAUACUCAAUUGCGUUUAGUAUCAUAUUCACCUGAACCAUUCUCAAAUCAACCACUUUUAUCACUUGGUGUUAUUUUACAACGUUAUCGUGGAGCAUGUCAACGUUUACAAUUACGUCCAUUAAAUUGUUUAUUAGAUCAAUUAAAUACAAUGGAUGAUGGAAGAAAAUCAUAUUAUGAUCGUCUUGAUUGUUUAAAAAUAGUUAAUGAAAAAAUUGAUCUUAAACAAAUUGAUGCUAUUGAAGAAAUUUUAUCACAUUGUCGUUUUCAUACAUUAAAUUUUGAAUUAUCAAUUAUUGAUGAUUUAGCAUUAGCACAAUUAUUUGAAGUUAUUGAAUAUUAUGAAUCAUGUACACAUAUUAAUUUAUCAAAUAUUCGUUCAAUUGGUUUACAAGGAUAUCAAGCAUUAACAAAAUAUUUAAGAAAAACAAAUUCUCUUGAAAGACUUGAUAUGAAUUUAACACGUUUUGAUGAUAAUAAUAUAUUAGGUUUUACACGUUCAUUACGUUUAUCAUCAACAUUAUAUGAAUUACAUGUUGAAUCAUGUCAAUUAACUGGUAAAAUUUUACAAAAAUUUAUACAAAAUUUACGUUCAUGUACUUGUUUACGAGAACUUUAUCUUUGUGAUAAUCGUCUUCAAAUUCAAGAUUCUUUACUGAUAAAUGAAUUAAUACGUACAUGCGGUCAAUUUUUAUUUUUACUUGAUUUACGUUCUAAUGCUUUACAAGAUACUGGUAUAUCUCAUUUAGCUUCUCAAUUAAGUCAAUAUGAUGAAAAUCAUACGAAUGAAAGUAGUUUACAUAAAAUAAGUUUUCAAGCAAAUCAAUUAACACAACAAGGUGUUGGUUUUCUUGCUAAAUCAUUAUUACAUAAUCGAACAAUACGUUCAUUAAAUUUAAGUCAAAAUAAUAUAACAAAUGAAGGUUUAUUUUUAUUACGUGAUGCUUUAUUAACAAAUCGAACAGUAAAUGAAUUAAUAUUACGAAAUUGUCAUUUAACUGAUCAAGCUGCUAUUGCUUUAGCAGAAUUUAUUGCUGAAUCAUCAAUAAUACAAUAUAUUGAUUUAAGAGAAAAUAAUAUUCAAGCUAGUGGUGUAUGUGGUAUGGCAAUAGCAAUGAAAAAUAAUAAAUCAUUACUUAAACUUGAUUUUGAUCCAAUUGUUUCAACACCAACAAAUUUAGGUUUUCUAUCAAAUAAUAAUAAUAAUAAUAAUAAUCAAACAACAAAUAUGAAUAGUCUUCUUUCAAUAGCAAAUUUUCGACGAAUGACAACUGGUUUAAGUAGUUUUACAAGUAGUACACCAUUUCAAUCAAAUAGAAGUGGUGGCGGUACAAGAGAGUUACUCGAACAAAAAGCACGAUGGAUGAAUGAUAUUGCAGCUAUCUGUCAACGAAAUAUACUUAUAUAUGAAGAAAACUUACGUUUAGAAGAAGAAGAAGAACAACAACAAAGAGCAUUAACUAAAGAACUUAAUGAAACAAAUCAAAAAAAUUCCGUCAUUACUAAACCAGACGAUAUUGAAUUAAAAGAACAAAUAUUAAAUACAAAUCAAUCAAAAGAUAAUACUCCUUCGAUAACAAUAGACAAUGAACAUUCAAUGUUAACUAGUCAGAAUAACAAUCAAGAACUUGAUCAAUCCAUUGAUACAUCAAGCAAAGACAUUAAUGAAGUUGAACAAUCGCAGAACAAGUCAUUCGAUGAUAAUGAAGGAUAUGAAGACUCAUUUGACAUUCCGAAAAAUGACGAUAAUAGAGUUGAACAACCCAUAGUCAUUCCACUCGAAAAUAAUGAUAAAAUUAAACAAUCUCUAGAUAUUUCAGGUAAUAAUGAUACUGAUAUAGAACAAUCAAUAGCUACUCCGAUCAAUGAUAAUUAUGAAGUUAAACAAUUGACAACAGAUCUUGUCGAUGAUAAUCAAGAACAAUCAGAAUCAAAUAUUAUUAGUCAAAAUUCAAUAAUUACUGGAUCACCAUCGACUUCGGAUCUUACUGAUGAUAUUCACAAUGAUGAUAAAAGAAAAUUUCGUCAUUCCGAUAGUCUUCGUUUAUUACGAAAAAAAGUCAAAAAUGAAAAUGAUGAUACAAGUGAUGAUGAAUCACAACUAUCACCAUUAUCAUCAUCAAUUGAAAAACAAGAACAAAUGGUUGAUGAUAAUUAA